CAUUCACAUGUGGACGUAUCUAUUAUACCAUAUUUUGCCAAACGAUCAGGAGUACAAACAUGUCCGAGGCGUAUUCGGAUUAAAAUUGUAGUAACUGAUUUACUAAACCUUAAUUUGGAAAACCAAGGUUUAGUAAGUAAAGUUGGUUGUAAUUAGCGAUAGUACUUAGCUUUUGAUUUAUAACUCUCCACCCAUAACCUGGACCAUGCAAAGGGACCAUGAAUCUUGUAAUGUAUAACGUUCGGAUACGAUACACAAUUCGCAUUUUGUCACAGACUAAGUAGACAUACAACGCAUCAUUACACGUUUAAUUAAUUUGAUUAUCUGAAUCACAGCUCUAAAUUUCGAGCUUAAAAUAAAUAUUAAACGCAAAUUAUUUACUUCCUGUGUUUCGGUGAUGAAGAUCAGAUUGAGAACAAAACUAGUUGAGCAGAACACUUCCGGAAACGGUAGUAAAUCAAUCAACGUCAAUCGCGAAAGUGUUUUUUACUUUUUUUAGUAACUAAAUACGUCAGUCAAUCAAACAAAUGGUGUGAUGUGAGCGUAGAUAAUAUAUUUUCUGUCUUUAUCUCCAUUUAAUUGUAUUCUACAAUAUCAAUACCUAUCUACUUUCACCAAAAAUCGACAUGUCCACACCAAGAAUUUCCUAAAGUCGCCAUAAACAAUCGAUCGUAGUACCAUCUUUCGACGUACACACAAAACGGCUAAUCAUGUUUUCGCGUAAAAUCCAUUAGAAGUCCUUGUAAGGGUUGAUAUAAUUUAGGUUCCUAGUGCGUAAUCCUCUAUUUUAAUCAUGAAUUUCGACGAUACAUCCAGUAGUGGUUAUGUGACGAAUGAGACGAUAUACGGAACUCAUGAAGAUUCCCAUGUUGUUAUGUCAGAGAAGGUCCAAUCGUUGGCUGGAAGUAUUUAUCAGGAGUUCGAACGAAUGAUAGCGCGUUACGAUGAAGAUGUAGUGAAAACGCUGAUGCCUUUACUGGUUAAUGUGUUGGAGUGCUUGGAUUCCGCGUACCAGACCAACCAGGAGCACGAAGUGGAGUUAGAGUUGCUGCGAGAAGAUAACGAACAGCUGGUAACGCAAUAUGAACGGGAGAAGGCAGCAAGGAAGCACUCUGAACAAAAGUUGUUGGAAGCUGAAGACCAUUACGAAGGUGAAAGGAAAGAUCUGACAGGAAGACUAGAGGCCCUUGAUAGUAUUGUCAGGAUGCUGGAGCUAAAACACAAGAACUCCCUUGACCACGCUAGCAGAUUGGAGGAGAGAGAAAAUGAACUUAAAAAGGAAUAUGCAAAACUCCAUGAACGUUAUACAGAGCUGUUUAAGACACAUAUGGAUUACAUGGAACGGACAAAACUUUUACUAAGUACAGCAAGUGAACGGAAUGAAGUUCGAGGGAGACUAGGACUCAAUCCAGUGGGCAGAUCAAGUGGUCCCAUAUCGUUUGGGUUUGCAUCUCUGGAAGGUUCUGUAAAUGUAGUGGAACAGUCAGAGAGCAUGCCUGGAAGUCCUGUCAGUUUAUCUUCAUCACCUCCAACACCACCAUUGGGUUCAGAGUUAGCGGCAGUGCGUACAGUGGAGAGAGCGCAUCAGACUGAUCCAAUCACACAGCAAAGCCAGGCGACAUCGCCAGUAGCGCCACCGAAUUCUAGCACGGGGAAAUCGCAAACGAAGAGCGAAAAACGCAGUGGGAACACUCUGUACCAAGAGCUGGCCUUCCACGAUACUGAGGCGAACAUAGCAGAAGGCGACGACGGUGCUGACAUCACAGGCAGCUGGGUUCAUCCUGGUGAAUAUGCUUCUUCCGUUAACGAUAACUACUUUGGUAUGGGCAAAGAAGUUGAGAACCUAAUAUUGGAAAACAACGAGUUACUAGCGACCAAGAAUGCUCUGAACGUUGUGAAGGAUGACUUGAUUGUGAAGGUGGAUGAGUUGACUGCUGAACAAGAGAUCUUAAGGGAAGAGGUAUCUAACCUGAGCGCCGCGAGAGAGAAACUAAGAGAAAGAGUUACGCAACUUGAGGAGGAGUUGAGGAAUCUUAAGGAGACUGUGAGCAACAACGCUGGCGGUGGCGACAACGAGGAUGAAGCCGAUGUUCCUAUGGCGCAACGUAGGCGGUUCACCAGAGUGGAGAUGGCGAGAGUCCUAAUGGAGAGGAAUCAGUACAAGGAACGUUUCAUAGAGCUGCAAGACGCCGUGCGUUGGACAGAGAUGGUGCGAGCGAGCCGUGUGGAUUCCAACAUGGACAAGAAAAACAAACAGAGCAUAUGGAAGUUUUUUAGCAAUCUCUUCAGUACCAGCGAGAGGCCCCAGCGGCCGCUGUCCACGCCGCAUCUUCGCGCUGUCGCAGUCGCCCAACCGCAGAUGCGACAUUCGCGUACGCAAGCGGACUUCAUCGAAACGCAACUGUCAGAUACGCACCACAGACGACAUGAAAGGAGCGAGCAGUUCCGACAAGUGCGGGCGCACGUACGCAAGGAGGACGGUCGCAUGCAGGCGUACGGCUGGAGCCUGCCGGGCAAGAGCGGUCAGAGCCAGAAGGGACCGAGCCCUUGUACGUCGAUGUCGUCGGCGGGCGUACCGGUACCAGUGCCUGUGUUCUGUAGACCGAUAGCAGAAACCGAGCCACGUAUGACGCUACUGUGUGCCGCCGGUGUGAAUCUGAACGGCGGCCUUACGCCCGACGGAGGCUGUAUGGUCGGCGAGAGCGUGUUCUACGACGACAAACCAGAAAACACCAUGUGCUUAGCGUACGAGAUGAGCAAGGCGCAAUCAGUCCACUCUCCCGAAGUGGAGCAAAUCAACAGGCAGCUUCAGUCUACGCUAAGCGUCGAACGAACAGAGAAGAAUCUCUCGUCCCUAGUGUGGAUCUGUUCGUGCACACAAACGAAGGGCGUAGUCAUGAUCAUAGACGCCAACAAUCCCGCGGUGGUGCUAGAAUCUUUUCCCGUCAGCGACAAGCACAUAUUGUGUGUCGCUUCAGUCCCUGGUGCUAUGGCAGAAGACUACAGAGAGUACGAAGAAAGAAUGUCGGGCGAAACGGAGACCAAAAGACAUUCGUCUUUAUUCUGUAUGGGCGAGUCCGCAGAGAGUACUAGUAAUGGAUUACAAGGCUCAGACAGUGAGGGAGGCGAGAGAGACGUCGCCAUUGGAAGUACUAGACUGGUUCAAGCGACACUUCUUACGCCUCCCAGCACGCCGGUCAAAGAACCGGAGCCUCCGUCUGAAGCCACCGUUCCCAAGGAGGCCACGCCCAAAGACGUAGAAGAAGCGGAUACGGUCGCACCAGAGAGCCCGCCCCUUAGCUCUACCCCUGUCAACGCGACAAACGAUCGUCCCAGUUCGCCGGAGCCGGCUGUAGACGCGUUUGCUCAAGAACAAUCUAACGCUGAGAGUCGCGCGGACGUCGCCCAAGACAGGAAGAUGUCCACUGUGAUGGCGACCAUGUGGCUGGGCACCAAGAGCGGCAACCUCUAUGUGCACUCCGCCUGCGGGAACUACAGCAAGUGCCUUGUGAGGGUGAAGUUGAACGAUGCGAUCUUGUCCAUCGUCGCGUGCGCAUCGCGGUGUAUGGUCGCGUUAGCCGAUGGCACGGUGGCGAUAUUCGCGCGGCAGGCUGAUGGACAAUGGGACUUCACUCAGUACUGGUCGCUGACCCUGGGCGAUCCCAAAUGUUCGGUGCGUUGCCUCAGCGCUGUGGGCUGCACAGUUUGGUGCGGCUAUCGUAACAAAGUGCACGUGGUUGAGCCGCGAUCUCGAUCCCUUCUGCAUACACUGGAAGCUCAUCCCAGGCACGAGAGUCAAGUGAGACAGAUGGCUUGCGACGGCGACGGGGUUUGGGUAUCAAUAAAAAUGGAUUCGACUUUGCGGCUGUUCCACGCGCAUACGUACCAACACUUGAAAGACGUCGACAUCGAGCCGUACGUGAGCAAGAUGCUCGGCACUGGCAAGCUGGGUUUCUCCCUGGUCCGCAUUACGGCAUUGUUGAUCAGUUCGGGGAGACUAUGGAUCGGCACUAGCAACGGUGUGGUCAUAUCCGUGCCUCUGAGCGAAGGCUCCAGUAAAGACUCGACGGGGGCGCCACCCCCCCCUGCCCGCAAUGUGCCAGGCCACGCGACGCUAGUGCGCGCGCGUUCGGCCAGCCCCACCACGAGCUCGAUACCGUGGUGCUCCAUGGCACACGCGCAGCUUAGCUUCCACGGUCAUCGCGAUGCGGUCACAUUCUUCGUGGCGGUGCCGGGCGCGCCGGAGUCGCCGGGCUCGCCGCGCACGCCGGAGUCGCCGCCGCACUCGCCGUCAACGCCGCCCAUGCUCGUCAUAUCCGGCGGCGAGGGGUACAUCGACUUCAGAAUAGCCGAUUCCGAGAUGGAGGACAGCGUGGUGAUAGCGGAGGACGGCUCAAGCGGCGCGAGUUCGCUGGCGGAACGUGCGGCCAAGAGCCACCUCAUCGUGUGGCAGGUGGCCACGGCCUAACGCAGGGCCAGCCGCGCGCGCGCCCCCUCCGAGGCGGACUUCGUGUUCGUGUGCACGUCCACCAAGCCCGCGGUGCCGUACAACGCGUGAACCGCCGGUGAACACUCGCCAAUGGAUACUGUAGUCAUGGUUGAUUUGGUACGAACGUAAUAACACUGACAAAUUGAUUUUUUUAAAUAAAACAUUACUGGUAUUAAUUUUUGGAAUCGUUUGGAUGUAUAUAUUAUGUGACGUAAUGCAUGCUAAAGAAGAACAGGCUCCAGUUUUAUGUAAACGAAAUUUUAGCGAUUUUCAGGUAACCAACAUAUAGCAACAAUGUGUUCAAUUGUUCAUUGUAACAAUUUGCUUUACGUCACCGUAAAUAGAUAUUCAAAGGCGAAUAUUCAUGGAAUAGAGUAAAGGUAAUGAUUGUGGAAGUUACAUGGUAUUUUACUUUUGGACUAGCCACUUUCUCACUUCAACACAAUUAAAUCGUAUCAAGACUUGAUUCAUCAUUAAUAUGCACCUGAUCAUCAUAAUUAUUCAGAAGUUCCAUGUUUUAAGUUUUGUUUAUUUAGAAUCAAUUGUUACUUUUAAAAUCUACUAUGACUACAUUUUCCAACAUGGCGGCGAAUAAGGAUUCAAGCGGGGAAUUGGGUCGGUAUUGACAAGAUCACUUCAGUUUUGUUGCUCCCGUCAAGCUAGGUAAAUUGUUUUAUCUUAUGAGUCGGUCCUUCGUAAUCCAUUAAUCGCCUAUUCACAUUGCACGUGCCGGUCCUGAGGUACGCAUGCUAACGUACGCCUGCCUCAAGGUUCGUACACGAAUGAGGUCUACUAUACUAUUACACAUUCGCUAGAUGGCGCUUUGAUGUAAAGCGAGAACAUCCUUCUAGCAUACUAGUUAAAGCUGAUUUACCGCGGCUACAAUUGAAGAGCGACAUCUGGUGGUGUGUUAGGUGGUAGACUGUCAUUGGACCAACUAUGUGUUUCACAUCGUCACUCGUUCACGUUUUACGUUUUCGGAAUAGGGCGCAGUGCUCGGCACCCCCAUGGACUCAUUGUGUGUCAACACAUUGUAUCGUUUGUGUAUAUUCGCUUGUUGUUCCGUUCGCUGGCUGGCGCUUCGUCUGCUCACGCGCCGCCGACUGACGCCUGUAUCAGUUCACUCGGCAUCGGUUUUAAGCUUAAUCUCAUAGAUAUAAUGUACAAGAUGUAACCACCAAAUAAUAAUUCGUUUUAGUAGUGUUUUUUGUAGUAUAGACUAACAUACUUUUUGUAAUAACGUUAUACAUACAUAAUAAUUGUAAUUGUAGGUAUAUUUUGUCAUGUUGCGGGUCGGACCGCUGAGUUUGGGCUGUGGUUGUCAUCUGAAUCACAAUAUAUUUUUUAUUUAUAAAAUAAAAUAAUUAUAACAUACCUAUAUCGUGUUUACACUUUGACGAGUAUUAUAACAAUAAAACAGCUGGAAAUUCGUUUGCAACGAAAUUAUGAUUAUUAAUAUAAAAUUUUCUAUUCUAUUUUGUGAAUAAUAUGAAAAAUAUACAAAGAUGUAAUUUAAAUAGUAUGUGUCUUGACCUUGUAUUUUUUUUUAUUUAUUGCAAUGAAUAUUUAUUAUACUGACGUUUGUCGUGUUUUGACGACAUAAAUGUAAUUAAAUAAUUUUCGUUUGUACAUACAAAUAGAAAAUAUAUUUAUAAUAUACAGAUAGCAAAUUAUUGACAAAGAUUCAUUCUAAUAUAUGAUAUGAAUGGAUAUUCGAUCUGCUAUUCUGACUGCAUUAUUUUUCCAUCUUCGGAAUGUUUUUCGUGACCAUUUCUGUGUAAUAUACUUUUACUGUGUAUAGACUACUAUACUAACUACUGAGUACUAACUCAGAGAAAUUAUUAAUAUUUUAUUAUGAAUUUCAUUUCAGCUUAGACAUGUUCAAUUUUUUCGAACUUUAAAUAUUUAUUAGCACCAUUCACAAAGACUUACGUAUUUUUUUUAUUUAUAGAGAUAUUAUCUCUGUAUUUCUUCUGCUUAAUAGCUGUGCUAAAGGCAGUUUUUGUUUGUAUUUUUUACGUGUGAUCUCCUAGUCUCUAUAAUUCGGGGACUAUUCAAUAUUAAUAGGUUUUAGAAAUAGAUAUUUUUCAGUCUAAUACUACAGGUAUUUUACACAUACCAUCCAUGAUAUUUGCUAAGGUAUUAGUGCAAAUUCCAAUUGAAUUGUAUAAAUUUUCAGGAAUGGGGUUCAUUAGGCACCGUAUCGAGUAAAACAACCAAACUAUUGAGACUAGGGGAACGUUUUGUAUUAAUUUAAUUAACUGUGAUAAAACAAUUUUUAUGUAAAAAGUUUGUUUUUAGAUGUUAUAUUUAGACUUCCAAGGUAAAAAAAACCGGUCAAGUGCGUGUCGUGCCACGCGCAGUGUAGGGUUCCGUAGUCGCCUGUCGUUACCACAAUAUAUUUGAGUAACAGUCGUUAUUGUCUUUAUCAGAAAUAAAAAAUAAAUACAUUAAGUAAAGAUAGCCUGAUUCAGAAGCCGUUGCCGGAGGUACUCGCGACGCAGUAGCUUUGUGGAACUAAUGUAUGUCAGGGCCGCGGUAGCAUAAUUGGUCAGUGCAUUCGCCCGGAUAGCGAAGGGUGCGGGUUCGAGUCCCGUCUGCUGCCUGGUCCGCGUGAAUAUUUUUCUAGUUAUAUUUUUUUUUUAUAUUUAAACAUCAAGCAGUUACAUGCUUAUGGUAGCCAUACACACAACGAGAAAUCGUUACGUAACGAUUUCU